UCGUACGAAAUGUGAAUGAACGUUACGCGCACGUGAAAGAAUUUAUUUACGUUCCAUUCUUUUAUGCUUUUUCUAUUUUGUAUGUUUUAAUGAAACACUAUACUUGGCUAUACAUAUAGAAACCUAGAAUAUUUAACAGAAAAUGGAAUUCAUUAAUUGUAAAAUAUAUGUGAUAGUGAUUGCAAGUUUUUAUUGUUUGGGCGUUGUCGGGCAAUACGAAUGGCAAAUUAGAGAUGCUUUUGAUGAAAUUCGUUUAAAAAUGGAUAAGAUUAAUGAUGAGAAUUGUCCUAUUCAACAUGUUGGAGAUCUCUAUCUACCAGAAGAUGCAGUCUCUCAUUUACCUGACAUUAAAGACAUUAAUAUUAAUCCUGUAUUUCCAAAUAGAACUGCUUUGCUACAUCUUCACAAUAUGGCUCUUAGUAGAUCAUUUUUUUGGAGUUAUAUUCUACAAUCUCGAUUUAUACGUCCUGCUAUCAAUGAUACAUAUGAUCCAGGCAUGAUGUAUUAUUUCUUAUCAACAGUUGCUGAUGUUUCUGCAAAUCCAUAUAUAAAUGCUUCUGCUAUAUAUUUUUCACCAAAUAUGUCAUAUUCUCCAUCAUAUAGAGGCUUUUUCAAUAAAACUAUGCCUAGAUUUGCUCCAAGAACCUUUAGAGCUGAUGAUUUUAAUGAUCCUAUACAUUUGGAAAGAAUAUCCACAAAAAAUACUUUCAAUGUACAAGAUCUUGGUGCAUUUACGAGUGACAGCCUCAGCAAAGAUUAUACAACAGAUUAUUACCGUAUAAAUGAAUGGUAUAAGAAGUGGUUACCAGAUCAUGUUGACAAAAGACAUGACACUAAAACCACUUAUCAAGUUGAAAUCAGAUAUGCUAAUAACACUAAUGAAACAUUUACAUUCCAUGGACCACCUGGUGCAGAUGAAUAUCCUGGACCGGUAUCUUGGACUAGACCAUAUUAUGAUUGUGGAAGAUCAAAUCGAUGGCUCGUUGCAGCAGUUGUACCUAUUGCAGAUAUUUAUCCAAGACAUACAGGAUUCAGACAUAUUGAAUAUCCAACUUAUACUGCUAUAUCAGUAAUUGAGAUGGAUUUUGAAAGAAUAGAUAUAAAUCAGUGCCCUAAAGGCAAAGGAAAUAAUGGUCCAAAUAAAUUUGCUGAUACUGCUAGAUGUAAAAUGGAAAGUACUGAGUGUGAACCAUUACAUGGUUGGGGUUUUCGGAGAGGUGGAUAUCAGUGUAGAUGUAAACCAGGUUUCAGGUUACCAAAUGUAGUACGACGUCCGUAUUUAGGUGAAAUCAUAGAAAGAGCAACUCAAGAACAAUUUUAUAAUGGAUUUGAUUGUUCUCGAAUAGGCUGGAUUCAUAAGAUGCCAGUACAAUGGGAAAAAACAAAAUCACAUAUUAGAGAAAAAUAUCUUGAGCAGUUCUAUUACUAUAGAAAUUAUUCCAUUGGUCCAGAAACAUUAAGAUCUGAACAAAUUAAUAUAGAUCAAACUCUCAAAUUUAUUUUAAGUGUCAAUUCAAAAACUUGCAACAGUUAUACACAAGAAGAUUUAACAUUACACGGAGACAUAAGUUUUGGUGCUAAAGAAUUCUUUGAAAAUGAAGCAAAAAUGGCAACUAGAUUGGCAAACUUUAUUAGCGCAUUUUUACAAAUUUCUGAUCCUCAUGAAGUUUAUUCAGGUAAAAGAGUAGCUGAUAGGUCACUUACCGAGGAUCAAAUGAUUGGAGAGACAUUAGCUCUUGUUCUUGGAGAUACUAAAAUAUGGUCUGCUGAAAUGCUAUGGGAUCGCAAUAAAUUUACAAAUAGAACAUUUUUUGCUCCAUAUGCUUAUAAAACUCAGUUAAAUACUCGAAAAUUUAAAGUUGAAGAUUUAGCCAGACUCAAUGAUGAAGGUAAUGUUUAUACACAAAAGAAUUAUUUUCAAUUAUUAAAACAAAGAUGGACAACAAAUUUUGAUGAGUUGGAAAAAUAUGACAUGAAAAUAAGAAUUAGGUAUAAUGAAACUGGCGAAUAUCUUAAAAAGUAUGAGCAUUAUCCUAAUUCCUAUAGGGCAGCAAACCUGAAUCACGGCCAUUGGACAACUCCGAGCUUUGAUUGCAACGGUAAAGUAAAGAAAUGGAUAAUUACCUAUGCAUCCCCAUUUUUUGGUUUGGACAACUUGAAAGAGAAACUGGAAUUCAAAGGUAUUGUAGCUGUUACCAUGGAUCUACUUCAGCUUGAUAUCAAUCAAUGCGGCGAUGUGUUUUACACUCCAAAUGCAUUUAAGAGUACUCACAAAUGCGAUGAGAAAACUUCAUAUUGCGUGCCAAUUCUCGGAAGAGGUUUUGAAACUGGCGGAUACAAGUGCGAAUGCAAACAAGGUUUUGAAUAUCCAUAUGAAGACCAAAUUACAUAUUAUGAUGGUCAAUUGGUAGAGGCCGAAUUUAAUAAUUUAAUUAAUGAUCAAAAGACUAGAUAUGAUAUGUUCAAAUGUCGAUUAGCUGUUGCUUCGUCAGUUCAAGUUAAUCAAUUACUGUUACUGACAUCGGUAAUAUUGUACUAUUAUCUAGGUACUAAAUAAUUUCUGAUAAGUGCGAUAGUGUGAUGUAUUAUUAUUCCGUCCAUUAAAAUACGAUUUGAAGAAUCGUAUUUUGAAAAAUAUUA